GCUGUGUGUUAGUUAAGAUGAUUGGACUUUUAUGUUCCUGGUGUUUUAUAAAACUUGUUUUAGGCGUUGCCAUAAUUUUGUCUGCAAUAAAAAUUUAUUGUAAAUUAACAAUUGGUUGGUGUAGAAGUCAAGCAUGUCUUACAGGCAAAACAGCAAUUGUAACUGGAGCAAACACCGGUAUCGGUUAUGAAACAGCUUUGGAUCUAGCAAAACGUGGAGCAAAAGUUAUUUUGGCCUGCAGAAACAAGCAUAAAGCGGAAGAAGCUUGUGAGAAAAUGAAAAAUGAAACUGAUAACCACGAAAUUUACGUUAAAAUUGUUGAUUUUACUUCUUUUGAAUCUGUAAGAAAAUUUGCGAAUGACAUAAACAAAAAUGAGCAUAGGUUAGAUAUAUUAGUGAACAAUGCUGGAGCUGGAGGUUUGGGUGAUAAGUAUAUUGGCGAAGAUAAAUUGCAAAUUCUCAUGAUGACCAACUAUUAUUCACACUUUUUAAUCACUAAUUUAUUAUUAGGUCUUCUUAUGAAAACGGGCAACUCCAGGGUGGUAAACGUAUCUUCAAUAGCGGCUAAAUAUGGAAAAAUUGACUUGUAUAAUCUAAACUUCUUCGAAAACAAUAUAAAAGUGUAUAAUACAACCAAACUGUGCAAUAUACUUUUUACCAUAGAACUGGCUUCUAAAUUAAAAGGUACAACUGUCACUACUUAUUCCCUUCAUCCAGGAGUUGUUGACACUGAUUUAUUUAGACAAAUGCCACCGUGGAUGCUUGCUAUAACCAAAUUUAUUGGUCAGAGAUUCUUUAAGAGUAAUACCGAAGGAGCUCAAACCACCAUCCACUGCGCUGUUCAGAAAAAUUUGGAAGCACUUUCAGGUGAACAUUUUCAUGAUUGCCAUCCUGUAGAAAGGUACAGAAGCGUUGAUGAGAUGUUAUGCAAAGAUUUGUGGAAUAAAACGGAAGAAAUUGUUAAGUUGACAUUGCAAGAAAAACCUUUUUAAAAUAAAGAGAUAAAUGAAUAUAGUUUUUAAACAU